AUGCCGAAUUUUUCAAGCACAGUACAAAGACAAGAAAUUAAAAAAAUUGUUGAAGAUGUACUGGAAGGACUUGAAACAACAGUAGAAUACGAAGAUUUAGGAAAAGAAUUCUUAGAAGAACUAGUUCAAUUUGCCAAUUUAAGCGAUAGAAGAAGAAUUGUAACUGUGAAGAAGAAAUUGGGACUUAGAACGACAAUUAGAAAAGAAAAUUUGAAUAUUGAAAAAGGAUCAUUUAAAAAAAAACGCAAAAACUUGAGAAAGAAGAAUAAUGUAAAUCAUAACCGUCUAGAAGGUCACUUUGAGAAGCAGCAGAAUGAUAGAACUAGAAUCAAGAAACCUCUUGUAUGUUUUGACUGUGGUGAAAAUGGACACAUGAGAUUUGAAUGUCCUAAGAAAGGAAAAACAGAACCUUUCAUACAAUCAAAAGUAUGUGAAAUCAAGAAAGCUAAGACAGGUCCAAAACUGGAGUACGUGGAGCCUAUGAAUUUAGAUAAACGGUUAAAGCUGAUUUUUUUGAAUAAAAGUGAAAUGAAAGAUCUUGGUGAAGAUGUAACACUUCCAACAUUAAUCAAGUACAUGAAUGAUUCUUAA